CACCAAGCUAAAAUGAUAGCGCUGCAGCCAUGUGGACUAAUAUACCCUUCGUUGCUUUUACUAACCGUGCAAAUAGAUAUCUUUAAGAAUAGCUUUUGCUCGAUUUUUGGUAUAUACUGAAUGAUAAAAAGAUUUUUAGUUAUGGCGAGCAAGUCCUCUCCAUACUUUUUACCAAAAAGGAAGUGUAUAAUUUCAGCCAUAGAAUCAAAUUUGUCACAGCAGAAGACGCGAAGAAAAAAAAUUAAAAUUGAAUAUGAAGAUCAAAUUCAUGAAAACUCUGGAAAACAAAAAGAUUUAUGCGAUACCUGGCAACCACAAAAUUGGGAAGUUUUACUUAACAAUAUUAAGCAAAUGAGGAUUGAUAGAACUGCUACAGUGGACUCAAAAGGUUGUGAAAGAACAGCUGAUAGUUGGGAGCUACCAAGUGUCAUUAGAUAUCAGACACUCGUAUCUCUAAUGCUGUCCAGUCAAACCAAAGAUGAAAUGACAUUUGCUGCAAUGACUAGACUAAAGAAACAUGGACUAAAUAUUUCAAAUGUUAUUGAUACAAGUGAAGAAAUGAUUGGUAAACUGAUAAAACCAGUUGGCUUUUGGAAACGGAAGGCAAAGUACAUUAAACAAGCAUCCCAAAUAUGUCAUGAUGACUUUAAUAGUGAUAUUCCUGACACUGUUAAAGGUCUAAUAUCCUUACCUGGUGUUGGACCCAAGAUGGCAUAUAUUUGUAUGACUGCUGCAUGGGGAGUUGUGGCAGGUAUUGGUGUAGACACACAUGUUCACCGAAUUGCAAAUCGAUUGCACUGGGUUAAGAAACCGACAAAAAAUCCUGAGAACACAAGAAAAGAACUUGAAACAUGGUUACCAAGGUCAGAGUGGAAGGAUAUAAAUAUUUUGCUGGUGGGUUUUGGACAAGAGACAUGCUUGCCUGUUGGUCCCAAAUGUAACACCUGUUUGAACAAAGAUAUAUGCCCUUCAGCAAAGGCAUAACUUUUAUAAAUGUUUUAUUUUUACAUAUUAAUGUACAUAUUUUCUAGUUUUGUUAUCUGCUUGUGUUCACAUAUGCUUUUUAGCGA